GUGGCGGCUGCGUGGCCCAACGGCGCUUCCCGUGGCCGCCAUUGCCCUCGCUGCGUCUCUCUGCUUGGCGGGACCGGCUCGCCCGUGGUCCAGAUAAAUUUUUGGCAUUCUCCUCUUGAAUUCAUUCAUCAGCAUGUCUUCUCACAAGACUUUCAAGAUCAAGUGUUUCCUGGCCAAGAAGCAAAAGCAAAAUCGUCCUAUUCCACAGUGGAUUCAGAUGAAAACUGGUAAUAAAAUCAGAUACAACUCCAAGAGGAGACACUGGAGACGAACCAAGCUUGGUCUGUAAGGAAUUGCAGGAGAGAUGGCACACAUAUCUUGCCAUAUCAAGAGGAAAAUGUCAUCACUGUCUUGAUAGUUGAACGUGUUUUGUUGGGAAUAUGAUUUCUCUGUUUCUGUGCCAUGCUAGCAGAUUGAUUAAUAAAUAUGGAGAAAGUUUUGUUUGAAAGAAAAAAAUUUGGUUGUAUGCAAAAAUAAAACAAAAUUGUUUUGGUUGUU